AUGAAAAGGAAACACAUGGUAGAUUUCAUGAAGGACAUCAUGUACAGAGGCCAUGCCGAGGAAGCUCCUCCUAUAACUGAUGACAAAGAGCGAUGGUACCUUCCGUUAUUCGGAGUUUAUCAUCCCAAGAAGCCGGGGAAGAUACGUGGCGUGUUCGAUUCCUCCGCAACCUUUCAAGACAUGUCUUUGAACCAAAUUCUAAUGAAGGGCCCGGACUUGACAAACAACCUUCUCGGCGUCCUGCUGCGGUUCAGAAAAGGUAGGGUAGCAGUAACAGCAGACAUCCAGCAGAUGUUCUAUUGUUUCUCAGUCCGACCUGACCACCGAGAUUUUCUCAGGUUUUACUGGUAUGAAGAGAACGACCCAUCUCGCCCACUUAGGGAAUAUCGGAUGACCAAGCAUGUGUUUGGAAAUUCUCCCUCGCCAGCAGUGGCUAGUUAUGGUCUCCGGCUGACAGCGAGCGAGGCAGAAGUGGAGUAUGGGACAGAUGUUGGUGAGUUUGUCAAGAACAACUUCUAUGUGGACGACGGUCUUGCUUCUCUACCUACACCGGAGAAAGCCAUUGACCUUAUUCACCGCACACAGGGAGCAUUGUCCACAGCAGGCAUCCGCCUUCAUAAGAUCUGUUCAAAUUCGCAGGAAGUUUUGAAGUUUUUCCCUCCAGAGGAUCUGGCACAGGAUCUCAAGGAUUUGGACCUCGGGUGCGAGAACCUACCUUCUCAGCGGAGUCUUGGUCUAUGUUGGAAUUUGAGCUCAGAUACCUUCUCUUUCAAAACCUCAAAUGAGUCCAAACCGUACACUCGUCGUGGUGUGCUUUCAACAAUUAACAGUCUUUUUGACCCUAUCGGUUUUUUGGGUCCUGUGACUAUCUUAGGUAAACUGUUACUACAAAAAAUGGUCGAGGAGACUCUUGACUGGGACGAGCCCCUCUCGGAAGCUCAGCGAGAAGAGUGGCAAUCCUGGGAAGGAUCCUUACAUGAGCUAGACGGCUUGCACAUCUUGCGAAGGACGCCACUCGCAGAAGACGACCUCUCUAACAUGGUCCAUAUCUUUUCCGACGCCUCAGAAAAAGCAAUAGCUGCUGUAGCGUAUCUGCAGACAGUGGACGCAACUGGAUCCACGCACAUCAGUUUCUUGAUGGGAAAGACCAAAGUCGCUCCAAAACAUGGCCAUUCUAUCCCGCGAUUGGAAUUGUGCGCCGCCCUGAUGGCAGUCGAAAUUGGAGAGUGCCUUUUCAAUGAGCUAUCUUUGGAACCUGGGUCCAUGACCUUUUACUCGGACAGCAAGGUAGUUUUGGGUUAUCUUAAAAACACAACCAGGCGUUUCUAUGUCUAUGUCAGCAACAGAGUCGAACGGAUCUUACGAUUUAGUAAGAGAGAACAGUGGCUUUAUGUCGAGUCUCAGCAGAAUCCGGCAGAUCAGGGAGCUCGAGGAGUACUCACAUCUACUCUGAAAGACAGUUUGUGGAUUCACGGACCUGGUCAACUUCAGCAAAAUCAAUCCAACGAUUUAGUAGAAGAUACGUUUCCCUUGGUAGAACCAUUAGAGGAUAAGGAAAUUCGCCCAGACGUUCGUGUGAUGAAGACUGAAGUCAGUUCAAAACCAGUCAGUGAUCUAUUUGAGAAGUUUUCGAGCUGGACCAAAUUAACCGAAAUUGUGUCUUGCGUGAUGCGUGCCGCAAAACGUUUCAAAGACGGGAUAGGCAGGAAGUCUGAAAAGAAUGUGGAUCUGAGCCCAUUUGAAUGGAAGAGAAGGGCAGAGGAAUUCAUUAUCAAAGAAGUUCAGGAUGGGUCAUACGGGAGGGAAGUUAGUAAUCUCCUCAAUAAAGAGGCAAUUCCCAAGAACAGCUCAAUAGAAGCUCUGACCCCUACGAUCGAUGAUGACGGCAUCCUGCGGGUUGGUGGAAGACUUAGAAAGUCUAACUUGUCUGCCUUGGAAAAAAAACCCCAUUCUAAUUCCCGGGAAGCAUCAUGUAGCAACCUUGCUCACUCGACAUUUCCAUGCGUCGGUGAAACACCAGGGGAGACACUUCACGGAAGGCGCGAUUCGAGCAAACGGUUUUUGGAUCACAGGAGUCCUCCCUUUACAUGUGUCGGAGUAGACGUCUUUGGCCCAUGGGAAGUAACCUCUAGGAAGACCAGAGGUGGCACAGCAAGCAGCAAACGAUGGGCUGCACUCUUCACCUGCAUGACCACUAGAGCGAUCCAUAUAGAAGUGUUAGAAGACAUGACGUCAGCAUCCUUCAUCAAUGCGGUGAGGCGUUUCUAUGCAAUUCGAGGGAAAGUUCGCGAGUUCCGAUCCGAUCUGCAGAUUGACACUAUAAAUGUAGAGGACGAUGUCCUCAAACCGUACCUAUUCCAAUCGGGUACAGUGUGGAAGUUCAAUCCCCCCCCCCCAUGCAUCCCACUUCGGCGGAACCUGGGAACGCAUGAUUGGAAUUGCUCGUCGGAUAUUGGAGUCAAUGCUGCAGGAAAACCAAAACAGGAAGCUUAA